CUGCACUUGCAUGUAAAAUGCACAGCAAAACUUGCUUGACAUUGUGGAGAAAACAUUUGGACCUCGCUGCUGCACUUGACUGUCCCUCAACUAUUCAUUUUUGAUUUGUUUUAUUCUGCCCUCCGAGCCGCGCGGAAACGCGUCCCACCUGUCAUCUUGUCUACUCGCAAAAAGCGGCAGAUUUCUGCUGAUGCAGUGAUGUCUGGAAAUGUCAAGGGCUCGCUUAUUGCCCCUUAAUGUAUCUCCCCCCCUGAAUUGCAGCGCAAGAUUUUUCUCCUGCGGUAUACUGUAAGCUGUUCACACCACCGUGCCGCCAGCAAGCACCUACCGACGCUGCAGCUUUGCCUUUCUCUCUUUUUACUCAUUUUAAUCUCAGGCUUUCCUCACUAGACUCACUUGAUUUUCAUCUUGUUUUAUCUCAUCUCGCUUCACUGUCUGUAUUUAAAGGGCACUUUGUGGAGGGCACAGUUAGGUUGGCGAUGAGCAAAGUAAGGCUGUAGGCUUUUUUUUUUUUUUUUUUUUAAGUAUAGGUGCAAUGUAAAGUUGCCACAUGACACCCACUGCUGCCCUGCUGUUGGAUGAUUUUACUCGAGGAAAGGACGCAUUCAAGACCUUUCAAGAUCAGCCCACGAGGCAGCAGUAACAACGGCAGCAGUAACAACAGCAGCAGAUGCACUGGAGAGCAGCAAUGGUCAAGUCAGCGAGAACCGCAGUGGAGCCGCACUGAGGCAAAGCAGCCAACCGCCCCCCUCGUAUCUGGGGACGUCUCUGACAAUUUAAGGGGUGUGGGAAGCUGAGGAGUGGAAAAUUUGUCCCGAACCUGAAUGCCUGCUCAGUCAGACUAACCGGGAUCCACAACUCCUCCUCCUCUUCCUCUUUCCCCUCCGCCUCUCCCUCCUCCCAAAAUGACCGUGGUAGCAGGAGAUAACAUGGACGAGACCUCGGCUGUCCCGGGACACUCUCAGGACACCUACCACCCAGACCACAAUGACCACGAAUGCUGCGAGAGGGUGGUCAUCAACAUAGCUGGCCUCCGGUUUGAGACACAGUUGAAAACACUCUCCCAGUUUCCAGAGACGUUGCUGGGCAACCCCAAAAAGCGGAUGCGGUACUUUGACCCUCUGAGAAACGAGUACUUCUUUGACAGAAACCGCCCCAGCUUCGAUGCCAUCCUCUAUUACUACCAGUCUGGGGGGCGGCUGAGAAGACCAGUGAAUGUCCCUUUGGAUAUGUUCUCAGAAGAAAUCAAAUUUUACGAGCUGGGUGUGGAUGCGAUGGAGAAGUUUCGUGAGGACGAGGGUUUCAUCAGGGAGGAAGAGCGUCCUUUACCUGAGAAGGAGUUCCAGCGUCAGAUUUGGCUCCUCUUUGAGCACCCGGAAAGCUCAGGACCAGCGAGAGGGAUUGCCAUAGUGUCUGUGAUGGUAAUCCUGAUUUCAAUUGUCAUAUUUUGUUUAGAGACUUUACCACAGCUGAAAGAGGACCCGAGGGGUCGAAUGGUGGCAGUUGGGAACACCACUGUUUAUUACAAGCCAAAUAUCCUCACUGACCCCUUCUUCGUCAUUGAGACACUCUGUAUAAUCUGGUUCUCCUUUGAGUUGAUUGUACGCUUUCUGGCGUGCCCGAGCAAACCGGCCUUCUUCAAGAACAUGAUGAACAUGAUCGACAUAGUGGCCAUCAUCCCAUACUUCAUCACGCUCGGCACCGAGCUGGCCGAAGAUCCAGAAAAAGAGGGAGUGGGGGAGCAGGCAACAUCUCUGGCCAUACUCAGGGUGAUCCGUCUGGUCAGGGUGUUCAGGAUCUUCAAGCUGUCGCGACACUCCAAAGGACUGCAGAUUUUGGGGCAGACCCUCAAGGCCAGCAUGCGAGAGCUCGGAUUGCUGAUCUUCUUUCUGUUCAUUGGGGUCAUCUUGUUCUCCAGCGCUGUCUACUUUGCUGAGGCAGAGGAGGACGGAUCCUACUUUGGCAGCAUCCCGGAUGCCUUUUGGUGGGCUGUUGUGUCUAUGACAACUGUGGGCUAUGGGGACAUGGUGCCGGUCACUAUAGGAGGCAAGAUUGUAGGAUCUCUGUGCGCCAUCGCCGGAGUGUUGACAAUUGCGCUCCCAGUGCCUGUCAUUGUGUCCAACUUCAACUACUUCUACCACAGGGAGACCGAGGGAGAGGAGCAGGCCCAGCUGCUCAACGUCAGCAAUCCCAACAUCCCCUCUGAAACCAACUCCAGCCGCCGUAGUUCCUCCACCGUCAGCAAGUCAGAGUACAUGGAGAUCGAUGGAGACAUAAACAAUAGCAUCGACAACUUUAGGGAGGCAAACCUCAGAACUGGCAAUUGCACUAUAGCCAACCAAAACUGUGUAAAUAAAAGCAAGCUGCUUACAGAUGUUUAGACACUAGUUAGGAACUUUGGGAUCUCUAUGGGACUGUCAUAUGUGGAGUAGACCAUCAGUUAGGAAUGCUUCAUUUACCUCCCCAAAGCGCCCUAUGGCAAUAGGCCGACAACUAUGCUCAGCUACGUAGAAAGGAAAGAUCAAAAAUCAAAGCUCUUAGAGUAUAUGACAGGUAGAUAGAAUAAUUAAUUCUUCUGAUCCUACAAAUAUAUAGUUACAUCAAAAAGAAAACAUCAACUAUUACGCAUAUACACGGCUCCCUGGAGGACGCAGAGCACACACCGUCUCAUCAGACGACGGAGUGAUGAUUCAAAUCUUAUGCAUGGAGUACAGAUAACAUUUCAGCAAGUUGCACAAUGCACCAGAAAAGUCUGCAGAGACAUGCAAGCACCUGCAGCCAAGUGGUAAGCGCCAAGAAGUUAGGUGACCCCCCCGCUCCCUCCUCUCUCCUGACUAAGGAUAUCUACUAUUCAGCAAAGCACCUUAUAGGAGGAAGACUGAUCUCUCUGGUUUGGAUGUAAACAGAUGGUGAUCUACUCGCUUCACGGACAUCCGCAAUGCUGCUGUUUUCCAGCAGAUGCUGUAAUUGUGAUAUCACCAAGUGAUUCAAUGCCAUGCCCUUUAGAUGCAACACAGCACAAUGUUAAAGUGAGCUUCACACGAGCAUGAUUAGAGACUUUCCAUUUUGAUAUCGGCAUGCACGGGACAUAUCUCACAUAUUGGAAAGGAUGUUCUUUUGGAUACCUGCCUCCACCCCCCCCGCCCCUCCCCCCCUCCUUUCUCAUCUGUUUUCAUACAAGUGCACUGGAUGAGUUUUUAAUUUCAAAUGCUAAUCAUUUAGAAGUAUAGAAAUUGAAUGUUAAAUCUUAAGGGAACAGUACAUCAAUGAGAUCAUAGCAUGAAAAAAGUAACCUGCAUUAUGGUCUAUCGACUACGGUACGUUUGUAUCCUGGUAUAUUUAAUGCAUGACAUGAGUAUUCAGCUUGUUGCAAUUCAGGCACUCUGCAGUGUCCUAUUGUCAGGGAAGCUAAGGAAAUCAAAUUCUGGAUGUUUCCAAAUUGCGAUCAAAUAUAUCCAAACACACCUUGAGGAUGCAGAGUUUCGAAUUUAAAAGUAGUCAAAGAAACUAAAUAAAUAUUAUCAAAAAUGCAUAUAAUUAUAAUAAGCACCAAUUACAGUAUUACGUCAAUAGUGCAGUGCAUGGACCUUCUUUGAACAAGAAAAGUUAACAUAUCAUUACUCAUGCUUCCAUUUCCACAUCAAAUUUAAGGACAUAUUGGUUUGGAAUCCACUAAAAAUGGAUCAAUACCAAGUUUCACUUCAUAUUACAGAGAAUUAUUCAGACAUUAGUUGCUAGUGCCUUUAUCCCUUUCACCAACAGGACCAGUGAAAGUGCCUCUGUGUACAAUGGGAUUUGUGAGGUUGAGCAGAGCUGGUUUACCUGCUAUUCUAGUGUUGAUACACUGUUGGUUAUGAUGUUAAUGAUGCGACAUGAACAAGGUUGAUACAGCAGGUAAUUGUGGUAAAAAACAAAGAGAAAAGAUGAUCCAUGGCUGUUAUGCACAACCCAGUUUUCAUGCCGUCACGCACUUAAUUAUGCCCUUAAGCAGCAAUGUAUUGUACUCUGCAUGUUUACCAAUCCAAUUGAAAAGGGAAUAUCCAUAUGUUUUAAACAUAUUUUAUUUAUGUCUAUAGUUUUUGUUCGUGCACCAUGCAUCCUUUCAGGGUCUCUACCUCAGUGAGGUCAUUGCAAACUUGCUGCAGAGCUGCACGCUUUAAUGCAGGGCUUACUAUACCAUAAUGCAAAAUGGAACCUUAAGUGUAAACUGCAGACAUGCAACAUUGAAUGUGAGAGUCCCAAAGCAUAGCCUUUACACAAGCACUUAGGGCAAGUAGUGUACCACAACCCCGCUCCUUCAGUUCACUUAAAGCUACGCACAAUCAGAACAUUCACAUGUAGAGGGUUUGUAGAGAUUGCUUGACUCUCUUAUCGAGAUGAGAUUGACUGUUUUAUAUGUUGGUUUCUUUGAAAACAAUGGUCUCUAAAGUUACUGUUGUGUCACCUGAAUGUGUUCCAACAGAUAUGUGUAUAAGGCAGUGGAAACGUUUGUUGUUGUUUUCAAAUCUGUCAUCCUGCAAUCCUUGGGCAUUAUGAUGCACGGCAAAGUGCAGCCCGUCUUUUUGCACAAUCAUUUUGUUUUGAUGCAUGAACCAUUUAUUUUUCUGCCAGUGAGAUAUUUAUUUUUCACUGUGCUUAUACUCAUACGCAGUGCAUUGUUUCUCAGCAUAUUGUUCCAAACAGACUAACUGCAGAUAGAUUUGUAAAAAUUGUAAUGACUACUUGAAAAUCUCCAGCUACUGUACAUCAAUCUACACUCACUAUUGAGAUGAAUGCACCCAAAUGAUAGUAAGAUUUUUAUAUUGUACUGUAUGAUUUUUUUGAUUUAUUUAAUUAGCACUCUACCGACAAGGUCCUGUAAAAAAAGAAGCUCCACUGCAGUGCUACUUGAAUGUCAUAUAGUUGUUUCUGUUGGUGCAAUAGCUAUUCUUUGUGGUGCUAGUACAGGACUACCAUUGUUGUCUUGAUACCAUCACACGUUAUCUUGGACUUUUUCCAUUCUUUAAUCCUUGUUGCUGUUUUGGUAUCGGUGGCUGGUUGGUUAGUUUAGGGCACUGUCAUUUUAUUUGGUUGAUCUUUGUACUGUACUGCUGAAGAGUGUCUGCCUCACGCGAGGUAAAAAUUCGACAGCCUUGCUAGAUGUCAGCCACUUAUCAUGAGAGCAAAAAAGAUACACAUUUGUGUCAGGGAUCUUCAAUUUGUAUAGGGUUUCUCAUAGAGGACAUCAAUAAUACCCAAUACCAUAUGUUAUAUUACUAUAUAUAGAUACAAGGAAAUUAUAGUAGUCGUAUUAAUGCAGCUAUCAGGAAAUUGUUUGCUUUGUUCACAAGUUUCUUGUACAGCUGAUGUUUGAAAGUAGUGAUGUGUGUAACAUGUCCUGCAGAGAACAGCUGAAAGUGAGGUGAAGAAAAUACAAAUGCCCUCACAUUAGCAGCGCUGUGAGGGCAUGUGUGAAAGGUGCUAUGCAUUCAAUUACCCAACAGAAACAUGCAUUCUUAACAGCAAUAGAAUAACAAAUACUGAACUGAACUGUUUCUUAGAUGCUUUUUGUAAAAAAAAAAAAAAAAAAACGACACAGGAAAAGAAAUCUAUUUUGAAUGUGGGAGAAACUGCGAUGGCUUGACAGAUAACUCACAACAGGGCUGUUUAUGUACCAACCAAUUACCCUCUGUUCUGUGAUUUUGUACGGUCAGGCUGACAUUUUAUCGAGAGAAACCCGUGAAAAGUCCAAAUAUAGUCUUUGUAAUAGUGGCAGUCCCCAUUAACCACCCAGGUCGGACUGGAGUAGUUUUGCAGUCCGGAACAAAGGCUGCUGAAGCGUUCAGUCGAACGUAUAACACAGUCCCAAAGGAACAGCUCAUAAUGCACUUAGAGAGGAUCUAUCGUCAGUCCAUUGGACUGAUCAGCUGUCUGAGAGAAAGUCAAAGAAGGUGCCUAAAUUGUUUUACAUAUUAAUUUGUUUAGCUUACUGUUAGAUGUUAAUGCUUCUGCAAACAAACACGAGUGAGAAGAUCUAAAAAAAAUGAUGACAUUAACCUAAUUAAACUAUAAGAAAAAACAUGAAAUGUCAUGACUACAAAAUGCAAUUUAGCUACAAUAAGAUAGAAAAAGUAACCACUAUAUACUGCAAUUACGUAUGAAAAACAAUUUUAAUGUGUGUUUUUAUUUUCUCCAUUUUUUUGGGUGGCACUGUAACAUGAAUGAUUUAGGAAGAACAUGCCAUAUACUGGAAUAUCAAAGACAAUAUGUUCCACUGGCAAGCCAUGAUAAUGAAACUACUGUUUUAUGAUCAAUUGCUAUACACUGAAUGGUAUAGACAAGAGGUGUAGUAUUAUAGAAAAAAACUCAUUGUUUGUCUUUUUGGUUUUAAGAAAAAAAAAGGAUUCAUUGAAACACCAUGUUCACAUUUUUCCAAUCUCCACUGCUGAACCUGCUGCAUAAUGUAUCUCUACAGAAACCUACUAAUCGCAAAAAACUGCAUGGUCGAUGGAAGACUGCAUGAGUUUUGCCUUUCAAACUGUGGAUCAACUUUAGUACAGUUGCCUCAUUUAAAAAAGAAACCCUUGCUUUCAUCUGCACCAAGGCUUCCUGUAAGGCCCUGUUCGAAAGUUGUCCAGAAACGUGUCCUCUGCUGGAUUUCUUAAAAGCACCUUAGCGCUGACCUCAUCACUAAGUUGGGUAUCCGAGCCGUGCUCAGCGUCUGUGUGUGAUUUUCGGGUUGUGCUCGCUCGGCUCUGAAUGUGAGCCAGGACAUUAAGGGCUAGUUUCUCAAACUCUAUCUCUAUUUUUGGACUGAAAUGCUCUUUCAAGUGACAUUUUGCCCAUUCUUAUCUCAGUCUAGACUGUAGUGAUACUGUGUUGUUGGAACAUGCCCAUCAUGUCUAAACAGGGCCCGUGCCACACACCCUCCUCUGUACUACAUUGGUUUCAAGGCAUUCUUGUGUGCUAAAGGCGUUGAUGUUGGACUGCUUUCUGCCUGCUGAGGAGGCACUGAACAGGAUCAAAUGUUGGGAUGUCGCGUACCUAACUCGCCAAAGGUGAUUGUCGAUGAGAAGAUUGUGUUUGUGUUAGAAGUGUGAUGGCUAUGAGUUAGUCUUUCCUGUCAAGAAUGCACAUUUAAUUGCUUGUAGGGGAAGUUUUGGAGCAAAGUGCAAAAAGGACUGUUGAACUCUUCUGCUCUUCUUUUCAUCCUCAAGCAAACCAAACUCUGAUUGUGUUAUCUAAUCCAGCCGUCAUUGUCAUGUUGUGUUACCAAGGAUUAUGCUACAAUGUGUUCAGUUUGUCAGAUGAUGACAAAGGCAUGGUCUGUGAUCUAUGCAAGGGUUAUUUAUUUAUUUUUUCUUAUAUCACUUAUGAUUUCAUCUUACAUUAACUUCAAUAAAUUUUUAAGGAUC